GUAAUUCGGGAUCAUAUUCAGUAGUAAAUAGAUUAUUUGGGAUAUUUUGUAUUUUGUCAAAUUGGCAGAAAAGGAUGCAAUGCAUGAUGGGGAUAAUAUUUUGGGUUAAGAAGGUUGGUUGGUGUUUGACUGAGGGUAGGGUUAGGUUGGUGUUUGAGUGAGGGUAGGGUUAGUGUUUGAGUGAGGGUAGGGUUAGUGUUUGAGUUAGGCUAGGGUUGGUUAGGGUUUGGGUGAAUGAAUUUCUAAGUUAUUGGUGAUAAAACUGUGUUAAAGACAUGACACUAGUAUAUAGUGCAAGAGAAAGAAACAAAAUGGUUAAACUUUCAAAUAAACACAAUGCUACUAAUCUGCCUUCUGAGGGAAACUCUGACCCAUACUGUGUGUGUGUGGGGGGGGGUCAGCUCAGUAAUAAUAGAUGGUCACUCUAUCUGACGAGAGAAAGAGAGAGAGAGAGAGAGAGAGAGAGAGAGAGAGAGAGAGAGAGAGAGAGAGAGAGAGAGAGAGAGAGAGAGAGAGAGAGAGAGAGAGAAAAUCAGCCCGACAGAAGAGAAUACAGAGUUAGGAGCAGAGACAGCCAGUGAAUUAGAGCAUGAGGGGAUAUAGACAGGGAGCUAGAGAGAGUGGUAGAGAGACAUCGAGGGUGAGCUAGAGAGAGUGGUAGAGAGACAUCGAGGGUGAGCUAGAGAGAGUGGUAGAGAGACAUCGAGGGUGAGCUAGAGAGAGUGGUAGAGAGACAUCGAGGGUGAGCUAGAGAGAGUGGUAGAGAGACAUCGAGGGUGAUAUAGAGAGAGGAAGAGAGACAUCGAGGGUGAGCUAGAGAGAGUGGUAGAGAGACAUCGAGGGUGAGCUAGAGAGAGUGGUAGAGAGACAUCGAGGGUGAGCUAGAGAGAGUGGUAGAGAGACAUCGAGGGUGAGCUAGAGAGAGUGGUAGAGAGACAUCGAGGGUGAGCUAGAGAGAGUGGUAGAGAGACAUCGAGGGUGAGCUAGAGAGAGUGGUAGAGAGACAUCGAGGGUGAGCUAGAGAGAGUGGUAGAGAGACAUCGAGGGUGAGCUAGAGAGAGUGGUAGAGAGACAUCGAGGGUGAGCUAGAGAGAGUGGUAGAGAGACAUCGAGGGUGAGCUAGAGAGAGUGGUAGAGAGACAUCGAGGGUGAGUUAGAGAGAGUGGUAGAGAGACAUCGAGGGUGAGCUAGAGAGAGUGGUAGAGAGACAUCGAGGGUGAGCUAGAGAGAGUGGUAGAGAGACAUCGAGGGUGAGCUAGAGAGAGUGGUAGAGAGACAUCGAGGGUGAGCUAGAGAGAGUGGUAGAGAGACAUCGAGGGUGAGCUAGAGAGACAUCGAGGGUGAGCUAGAGAGACAUCGAGAUGGCGAGUGCGAGAGCAGGUUCCGUGGGGCCCCUGGAGCGGCGGCCCCUCUGCUACGCCCCCCUGCAGCCCAGCACCAACCUCUACCUGCAGCAGCGCUGGGACCACGACCGGUACCGGGCCCACCGCCACCGGGUGAACUCAGCUCUGCCAGUUGUUGACACAAAAGGCAUCAGAACUCCUGCUCACGUGACCCUCAAACUGAAGAAGCUGCAGCUACAAGAGGAGCGGCUAGCCGACAUCAACCGAGAUAAUAAGCAGCUGUCCUCCAAACUCUCCGGGAUCAUGCACUCCAGAGGCCAGGUGGACAACUGGAACAUCUAUCCCCACAGGAGUCUGAACGCUGAGAAGAGGCUGGCGGACCUGGCUCAGAUCAGCGCUCAGAACCAGGCCAUCUUCCAGCGAAUCACGCUGCGGCAGUCAGAGUUCAGACGGCAGCUCUGGUUGGACGACUGGGAGAGGACAGAGCGGAGACAAAAGGACAUUGGACGUGACAGCAGAUGCCCCACCCACAAACUGAGGGCCGAGAGGAAAGUCCAGUUUGACGUUGGUGAUCGGACAACAUCACCAUGACGACACCACCAUGAUCUCACCGCCAUGAUGAUGCACCAUGACAACAUAACCAUGACGACGUCGCCAUCUCAACACCGUGGCAACAUCAUGACCGCAUCAUGACGACACCACCACCAUGGCACCAUGACAACAUGAAGAGGAUAUCACCAUAACAACAUUAAGAGUUGUAAUAUUGUAUGGGCUGAUUAAAGGAAACAAUGAAU